GGCCAUGGCUCUGCGCUGGCUCUUGGCGCUGCUGCUGGCACUGCCCGGCGCUUGGGGGGUCUGCCCGCAGGCGCCGACUUUCGUCUUUGCGGAGCUCACCACGACCCCCCAGGAAUCCUACCCCGUGGGGACCCAGCUGAGGUACCGCUGCCGCCCGGGGUACGUGAGGAACGGGGACCAGGCCCCCGUGGUCACCUGCCUCCCCAACUCCACCUGGUCGGAGCAGCCCGACUUCUGCAUCGGAAAGUCGUGUGGGCAACCGGACAUCCCGAAUGGCAACUUUCACAGCAGCACCAAUCUGCUGCUUGGGGCGACCAUAACCUUCACCUGUAACAUUGGGUACCGACUAGUUGGGCCACCAACUGCACAGUGUGUAUUUAAAAAUGGUGAAGUUUACUGGGAUAACAUUCCAAUCUGUGAGAUUAUUGCCUGCCCACCACCUCCUGAAAUCAAGAAUGGGCAGCUCCUUGGUGGGGAAGGAGAAUUCACCUUUGGCACGUCUGUAAGUUACAGCUGUAACGCCGGUUUGUCUCUUAUUGGAGAUGUCACAAUUUACUGUACAAUGGGUCCUAACUACCAGGGAACCUGGAAUGGUCCAGCCCCCGAAUGCAAAAUGGUCAGCUGUGAAGAUCCAGUCGUGAAAAAUGGGAAAAGGUUGUCUGGCUUUGGCCUUGAGCACACAUAUAAAGAUACAGUGAGCUUUGAGUGUAAUCCUGGUUUUAAAAUGAACGGUAGUAGUGUAGUUACCUGUGAAGCAAACAGUUCCUGGACUCCACCUCUGCCAACAUGUGACCAAAUCCGCUGUGGUUCCCCUCCACGCUUCCCUUUUGCUGAACUACCAACACCUGUGGGUGACAGCUCUGAGUUUGGAACCAAGCUGGACUAUCGGUGUAACCCAGGGUAUAAGGCAGCACCUGGAAAGUCCUCUACUGUCAUUUGUCAGAGUAAUGAGACCUGGUCUGCUGCAGACCCAGACUUCUGUGUCCGACAGCAAUGCUCUCCUCCUGAAGUAAAAAACGGGAAUGUGGCUGGAAAUGAAACAACUUUCCCCUUUGAAACAGUUGUGAAGUUCACCUGCAAUUCUGGGCAUGAGGUAAUAAACCCUUCUGCCAGAUGUGUGGCAUCAGGAAAUGGAGUUCGCUGGGACCCAGCACCUCCCUACUGCUCAAGAGCAAACAUGAUCGUUGUUGGAAUCUUCCCCCUCCUCCUGGCAAUGCUGAUCAUGAACAUCUAAGUUUGGGAACAGGCACAGUGAGAAGGCACCUGUAGACGUGUUGGACUCAAGACUGAUCCCAGUGCUCUGCUUUUCCCUCCUGUGAAACUGGCCCUGGAGCAGCAACCAACAGGCCUUGGCUGGCAA